AUUCUCUCUCUUUCUUUCUAAUUUUUUUUUUUCUUCGAAUCUCGGAAAUUGCAAAUACUCAUUGUUCACAAAACUGUCAAAAAGUUCCUCUAAAAUGAUGGAAGUAUUAUCAACAGACGGGCCAACUAAUGCUGAAAUCAGGCUGACAGAGCAAUUAGAGGCAGUUUUGAAGGAACAAAAUAUGUAUGACACAAAAGAAAUUGUUCAACAAAGAAAAGAAGCCUUAGAGCAUUUAAACGAAUUGACAAGGAAGUUUGUUCGUGCUGUGUGCAUCAGGCGGAAAGUCCCAACACAUUUGACAGAAAAAGCGGGUGGAACUGUCGUAACAUACGGUAGUUAUCGCUUAGGUGUCAAUUCAGCAGACGCUGAUAUUGAUGCUUUGUGUGUUGUUCCUAAAUUUGUUCAGCGUGAAGAUUUUUUCAGAGAGAUGCUAUCCAUCUUGAAAAAUACCUCAUGUAUAACGCAUAUUGUGCCUGUACCAGGUGCAUAUGUGCCUAUCAUCAAGUUUAAACAUAAGGAUAUACAUAUUGAUCUUAUCUGCGCGUGUUUGAAAGAAAGUAGCGUAGAUUCGAGUACUGAUUUUAGUGAUGCGUAUAAAUUAGCAGGCUUGCACCAUAAGUGUAUAUUGAGCCUUAAUGGAACUCGGGUUGCUGAUGAUAUUCUAAAACUCGUACCCAACGUCGACACAUUUCGAACUGCGUUGCGAUGCAUAAAACUAUGGGCUGCUAGAAGAGAGGUUUACUCAAAUGUCCUUGGCUUUUUGGGCGGAGUUGCUUGGGCUAUUUGGGUGGCUCACAUAUGUCAACUUUAUCCAAAUGCCACGGCCAGUGUCGUUGUGCACAGAUUCUUCCAUAUUGCCAAGACUUGGAGAUGGCCUCUCCCUGUGACGUUGAAGAAUAUUGAAACAAAGGGACCAAGGCUAAGCUAUGCUUUAAAGCCAUGGAGUCAGAAUGAGCAAGAUAAGAGACACAUUAUGCCCAUCAUUACACCAUCGUAUCCUAGUAUGUGUACAACACAUAAUGUCACCAAAUCAACGAAAAUGAUCACCACCGGCGAGCUUCGUAGAGCAGCUGAGAUUGUUGAUCAAAUUCUGCUAAACAAGCUUUCUUGGUCGGCUUUAUUUCAACCGACCGAUUUCUUUGAAAUUUACACAAAUUAUUUGCGAGUAGUUGUCAGUGCCGAUAGUGCUGAAGGACUCACAUCCUGGGCUGGCUUGGUUGAAUCUAGACUCAGACUACUUGUCUUGUUUCUAGAAGCACAUCGGGUGAUGACUUUAGUACACCCUUUUGCACAUGGUUUUGAAUAUGAAUAUACUUGCCACAGUAUCGACGAUAUUAUCGCUGCAACUCAUGGUCAUGGUAUCCUUCCUUCAGCUACGCAACCCAUUUCAGAUGAAAAUCGCAUUGCACCUAGAACCAUAUAUACAAAAAUAUUCUAUAUCGGCCUCUAUGUGAAAACGAAAAAUUCACGCGAUAAAGAAGUAACGCUCAAUAGACAACUUCGCCAAUUUAUGGCAUACUUCGAAGAUCAUCCCAACUACGACAGAGAGCAUCUAGGAAUUGUUUCUAAAUGUUUGAAAGCAUCCGAUUUACCUGAGGAUGUUUUGCCAAGGAAGAAGAAAGAGUCAGAUACAUGUGUCAAUCCUAAAAGAAGUUUGACUCUGUCUCCUUCUCCACCGCUUCGUCCAAUAACCUCAGAAAGCCAUCAUACAAAAAAGAAGGUAAAAGCAAAUGAAACAAUAUUAAGUGCACAGUCAUAAUCAAGAAGCCACGCACUGUAGCGUGCAAGUCAUCUUUCACAUAUAUGUAAAUAUUUAUCACUCAUUUUCUGCUAUUAUUGUCUUUAGUUAGAAAAACUAUGCUUUUCUGUUGCUUUUGUUCAAAUAUUACCCUUUUUUUGUUAUUAUUAUAUUUCAUUGUUUAUCAUUGUACU